AUGACUUCUGACCGGGGAUUCUUGUGGUACGCUACCCGACCGUCCUGUCGACUUCUGACGCAUUUUGCUUUCUUCAUCGGAUAUCUCAGCCUGGGUGGCAUCAUCUUUAUGCUUCUGGAGGGAGCGGAGGAACGAAACAUGGUGCUUAGAUUACGAGAGAGGAGGCGCCGAUUUUUGGAGCACAACAGAUGCGUGCACGAUGCAGACCUGGAAGAAUUCAUUGAGGAAGUGGUCCAUGCUGCCAACAGAGGGGUGUCAGCUGUGAAAAAUGUAUCCCAGCCAGAACCCAACUGGAGCUUUGGACAAGCUUUGUUCUUUGCUAGUACUAUUGUCACCACUAUAGGUUAUGGCAGAGUGACGCCGCUGUCAGAUGCAGGAAAAGCCUUCAGCAUAUUUUUUGCCAUCUUGGGGAUUCCUCUGACUCUGGUGCUCUUCUCUGCCUGUGUGGAAAGGCUGAUGAUACCCACCAGGCAUCUGCUGUAUUGGCUCUAUGGAAAACUUGGUCAUCUUUAUAAGGUUUUACACAUUCAGGUUCUCCAUCUGGCCAUCAUCCUGUGUAUUCAUGUGGUGUUCUUCAUGCUCAUCCCUGCAGCCAUAUUUGCCAUUCUGGAGCCUGGCUGGAACUACCUUGAUGCAUUUUACUACUGCUUUAUUUCGUUGUCCACAAUAGGACUGGGAGACUACAUUCCUGGUGACUCCUUUGAUCAGCCCCACAGAGCCUUGUACAAAGUUGCCACAACCUUUUACUUACUGAUCGGCAUCACCAUGCUGCUUCUAGUCAUCACCGUCUUCUACGAUAUCCCAGAGCUCAACCUCGGCUACCACUUCUAUCUGAAGAGUGAUGAGGCUUGCAGGAAAGCAGAGGACAGCGAGAAAACAAAACUGAAGUCAAAAGAAUUAGGGACAAGCAAUAAGUAUAUUAAACAGGUUGACGAUGUCCAAAGUAUCCGAUCUGGACAGUACCACAGCUAUCAACAGGACAUCACGCCUGUCACUGAAGAAGAGCCAUGA